AUGUGCAGACUGUAAGUACCAUUCCUUUGCUUUCUCUUGGUCUCCUGGGGGUGGGGUGUGAGUCCUGGGUCCCCUCCACAGCUUUAGCUCUCUGGUCCACCAGGGGGCUUCAUGGCUGAGUGGAGAUUUGAACCCUGCUCUCCCAGGUCCUCCCAGUCCAGCCCUCCAACCACUCCAGCUCUGCCUGGCUCCAUUUUGCAUCUCUCCAGCUGCCCUACAACAUUGGCCUUCUCCCCCUUCCUGGGGGUCUCUCUGGCUCCAAGAAAGACUCUACCCCCUUCCUCAUGUUCUGCUCCUCUUCUGGGACACCUUGAUGCUUGGAGGACCCUCCUAGGGGUCUCCUCCCUCUCCAGGAAGGGCAGGGCUGUCCUAAGAAGACGAGGCAGAGCAGCUCUUUGACAGCUGGCAAUGCUUGUCUUUCCUUUGGGCUGGAGUUCUUGAACCCAUAGCACUAGGGACCUCCUUUCUCUCUCUGCCAGCCAUUCGUGCUCUGGGCUGCCUCUUUCCAGCUCUGGCGAUGACCUUUCAGGUCACAGAACUGCAGAGAGAUGGCAGGAAUUGGGCCAGACGCCCCUCCUCACACACACACACACACACACGAAUUGGGGCUGCCAGCUUCUGAGUCGCUCUCUCUGCUCGUCUCUUCUAGGUUCAGGUGCCUAAGGCGGCUGAUCAGCUGCAACAAGGUAGCCCCCUUGGAAGUCCUGGAGCAGCCCGCGGUGUCAGGUGAGCAAGUGGCCCUCCUUUUGGGGACGGAGGAGGGCAGGAAUGGGCUAGGGGUGCAUCUAGUAAAAAGAUGCACAGAGCCAGAUGGCUGGAUCCAACCUGCCUAUCUGCGACAGCAUCUGGAAACCCAAUGCCCCCCCCCAGCGGUGGGGUCUGUUGGAGGAAGCAGGGGGCUGGGCUGUUGGGCACGGCAGGGGGACAGUUGUCAGUGGGAGGGGCAUCUUCCCUGGGGAGCCAUGUUCUGGGGGCAGGAGGUCAGGAUUGGCCCCCAAGGCCUGGGGUGUCCCUCUCCUGUAGUAGGACUUGGAAUCCAGGAGAAAACUCUUGGAAAAGCCUUGCAAGGGGCUCAGGGAGGAACUCACCUGUCCCCAUGUCCUUCUCUUUGCAGAUGUGCUAGGAAUCCACAUCCCUUCCGCUGUGGUGAGUAUUGGAUAAAACUAGAGCAGGGAGGGGAUCCCUCAGACCUGCCCCCCUCUUGCACUCCACUCUGCACUCUCAGAUGUGGAGGAGCCGUCCCCCCACAAGGAACUGACAGCCUGACUUUUGCCUUUCAGCUGCUAGACAAAGAUCAGCUUUAUCUCCUGGGCAUCAUCCAGGACUGCCAGGCAGCUCGGCUCAGGGGGCUCCGAACCCUGAAGUACUCCAAGGAGGAGACUGCCAAAGCCAUUCUGGUGAGUGGUGGGUGGUGUGAGGGACCCCUAUGGGGAGGGAGGGGCAGAGAGGGGCUGGCGUUUGGGGUUGGAGCCGUCCUCUGGAGACUCCCGGAAGGAGCUGACCUUCCUCCUCUGCUCUCUUCCAGGCCAUCCUCGGCCACUUGGAGUAGUUCAGGGAUCGCCCCCUGAGCCUGGCCCUGGCCUUCGAGGCCCUCCUGCAGUUGAGGUGAGCGGGGUCUUUGGGCUGGGCGGGGCUGCAGGGGGUGGGGGGGCAGAACUUCAGGGGGAACUUUGGGUGGGCAAGAGCAGGCAGCAGGGAAAGGGGGGCAAAAGAGACUUGGAGGAGGCAGCGUCUAACCCCUUCCCUUUCUCUCUCCAGUUUUAUGAGACCCCACUUCAGUCCCUCUAUGGUCAGUGCUAUCCUCCAUAGAACAACAGAGGCAGUUCUGGGGAGCGCAGAGGAGGACAAAGAGGUAUGUCCUCCGCUUUAAGUUCUCUUUGCACAGCUCUUUCUUCUUCCCACACUCUUACAAAAUUUAACCCAGCAGCACUCAACCUCUCUUCUCUCUUUUCCCACAGGGACUGAAGAGGCCAUUCCAGAGCCUGCUGGGGGGUCUCCUCCUAGAAGCCCCCAAUACUGGCACCCUUCUCCAGUUGCUUACUGUAAGUAUCCUGAUAGCAUCAGAAGUGCUUUUAGGGUUGCCCCGCUGUCCCUUACCCAACUAACUGUCCCAUUUCUUUCAUCCCGCAGGACCUCCGAUGUUACGCCCUUUUGGGGAGUGAAGACCAAAGGAAAUUAGCGGCCAGCCGUGUAUCCCUGCUGCUGGCCCUUUCACGAAGAUUCCCGAACCUCAGAGUAAGUAUUUUGCCUUCCUGUAUUCAGUUCUUUGGUUGCUUCCAUCCUUCCUGGGUGGGGCUGCUUCUCUUACACCCAUCCAGGGUGGGGUUCAUAGUGUCAACUGACUCAUAUUUGUCUUUCCUCUGCAGAACACAGUAAAUCGGCCGGAGCUGGCUUGUUUCAGGAAUAAUCUGAAAGAAGGUAAGCCCCACACCUUGGGGACAGUGAACUCCCUUGUCCCUUGUUUGCCCAAGACACACCUCCCAGGUCUUCUUGCUGGGAGUCCUGCAGGACCUGCUUCCUGCUUGGCAGGCCUUUCCCACCUGGCCUGGGAGGGCAGCGCCUAGACUGACUCCAGCUAUAAAAAGCAGAGAGGACUGAACAUAUUUUCUCUCUCUCUUUUUCAUUCUUUUCCAUCCAGAUGACAUAAUCAUCGAAGAGUUAUGA